AUGUUAUCCCAGUCAGCCCAGCCGUACCAGUCAUUGAUGGGUAGCCAGUUCAGGCGUGCGUACGUGUUGGAGAUGCUUCGUGAAAAGGUUGGAGCUUUUGAAGUGCUACAUGGAGGCAAGCACGCGCAUAUCGCUUCACGCCGCCGCCGACGACGACGGCACGGACGCCAACGCGUGAGUUUGCUUCAUGUGGUCGCUGACGGGUUGGCCUUCACGCUGAGCAACGAAGUCGUACUCCUAAGGCAUGACGGUCGGAGUCCACAGGUGCUUGUAGAUCAUCAGCCUGACUUCAACAGGGAGGCGGAUGAAGGCCGCAUGCUUCGAUUGAGCUUCUAUUGGAAGUCGGAACGAGAAAAGGGAGAGCGGUCUUUGGUUGGAGAAAGGGGACCUAGAGAUCCGACCACGAGAAAGGACUCCAAGGCCUUUAUAACUUGCAGUGCAGUGCCAACAGGUGUCUCGUCCUCCUCUGUGUGGUUGGCAGAAACGUGCGGAAUAUCAGCUGUGUAG